GCCUUUGUCGUUUCAAUUUAGUUUGAUGACUCGAUGAACAGACUCAACGACCACUGUUGUCUGCUUCAAUGGACUGUUCUUGGAAAGGAAGAGUGCAAUAUGUUGUUACCAAUAUUACUCUGGAACCGGUCUACCUUUUGGCUUCCCUGGGUUUGGCGUUUCAAGGUCCUGAAAGUGAAUUGAAGAUCCAAAAAUCUUGUCAAGUGGAUUUUGGCUACACCUUGGAGACUUGCACAAACAUCACUCAAAACAAACAAGUCCAAAGCGAGGUUCAAAGGCAUGUAACCAACUUGGGUAUUAUCGCUAGUCAAUUCCCCGUCAGCUUCAUCAAUCUCUUAGUCUGCAUUUUGGCUUGCUCAUGGUCGGAUCGCAACGGCCGGAACUGGAUGAUUAUUAUGUCCAUUUCCGGAUUUCUCAUCAAAGCCAUCGUCCUUUUGAUCAAUACCAUUUGGUGGUAUGAACUCAACUCUUACUAUCUGUUCCUUACAUCCUUAUCGGAUUUGACCGGAAGCGGAGGAUUAUUCUUUGUCAUUUGUAAUUGCUACAUGGCAGAUAUCACAGAUCCUUCCACGAGGACCAAAAGGAUUGCUUUCAUAUCAGGAAUGUUUUCCUUGGGAGGAAAAGGUGGAGGUCUGCUCAGUGGAUACGCCUUUGAUAGCUUUGGUUUUCUCGGAUGCUUCUUGCUCUCAUGCGCCUCCAUAACCGCUUCACUCCUUUACGUGGCCUUUGCCAUUCCUGAGAGUCUUGAAACUCGAAAUUGCAGACUCAAGACAAUCUUGAGCGAAGAGGAAUAUCAGGAGUAUCUUGGCCGACAAGAGGAAAAGCAAAGGUUCCCAUUGCAUCCAGUUCAUAUUAAGGAUACUCUAGCCUCGGCCCUUAAAAAGCGAGAACAUGGACUGCGAACUUACAUCUUGAUGAUCAUAUUCUCCUUCUUGUUGGAGAACUUUAUCAAUCGAGGAGAGUUCUCUCAUAUCUAUAUGUAUUUAAAGCGCACAUUGGACUUUGAGUAUUCCGAUUAUGCCAAUUACGUGGCUUUUCUGGGAGGAAUCGCUCUUUUCAGCAAAUACAUCUGCUUUCCAAUCUUCAUUGAUGUGCUCCACUUUGACGAUACCAUCCUCAUGCUCAUCGACACAAUUGGCACCGGAAUUCAAUCGGUGCUCGUUGCUUUAGCCACUCAAACAUGGAUGAUUUACGUGGCUGCGUUUGCCGGCAUCACGGAUUCCUCCUCAAAUGAGAUUAUGCGAUCCUUGCUCUCCAAGCAAGUCCCUUUGGACGAGAUUGGCAAGAUCCUUGGAUCCAUCCGGAUCUUUGGACUCAUCAUCCCCUACACUGCUGGACCGCUAUUCGGAUUUUUAUACAGAGAAACCGUUGAAACCGCCCCCAAUGCGUUCCUCUUUCUCAUUGCUGCCAUUUUCGGCCUUAGUGCCAUGAAUAUGGCUUUCAUCCGGCGAGGCAUCGUGAAAAUCGAGAAAAUAAGAGCGAUGGAGCUGAGAGCCGUGGAAUCAUAAUUCAUUUAUUUCUUUUGAUCAUCACGAUUCAAAGAGCCAAUGAAAAUCGUCUUUAAGUUUAAUCUUUGGGGUAUAUCAGGCUUUCAUUUCACUCACUCUAUGUAUCUCCCUGCAUACAUUUUGACGAAUGAUGAAUAAAAAUGCAUUGAAUAACUUGAA